AUGUCAAAAGCGGUGGAGUUUAAUGCUGCUGUAAAACCAAUAUGCCUUCCGUCGGUCGAGCCGCUCCGUAGUGGGGACUUCACCAACUAUAACCCCUUCAUUGCCGGGUGGGGUCGAACCACGGAAAUAGGCUUCGAAGCGAAUGUCCUGCAGGAGUUGCAGAUUCCGAUUCUGGAGAACGCGGAAUGCAUUCAAUUGUACAGAAAGAUCAACAAAGUGUUCAGCAAGAAGCAGUUCAACGAUGCCGUUCUGUGCGCCGGCAUUCUCGAAGGGGGCAAGGAUUCGUGCCAGGGUGACAGUGGCGGUCCGCUGAUGCUGCCUCACGUUAUUGGCAAGAAAUUCCACUACUUCCAGAUCGGCAUCGUUUCGUACGGAGUCGGUUGCGCACGCGCCAACAUUCCUGGGGUUUACACGAGAGUGGCCACCUUCGUGGAUUGGAUCAUACAGCAGAUUUCCGUUGCCUAA